ACUCAGACACCGAAGUCAGCAGCGUGUUUAAACUCCAGAGGAUUUUCACUGAGGAGUCUUCACACUGCUCUUUACUUCUCCUUAACAUUUCCCGGGAGUAACUUUUGUGAACUUUGUUUGUGUGGAGGUUUGUUCUGCACGGAGCGAGAGAGAGAGAGAGAGAGAGACUGUCAGAGUGUGUGGAAGUUUGUGAAGGCUGAGUGUUGUCACUGUGAGGGCAGUCCGGAGACGCUGAAACAUGACGGGGACGCGACUUCUCCCCGCGCGCGCCGGACUUCACUGAGGGAGCGCGUGAGUUACUGAAACGCGGGAAAAGAACAACGCGCUGUCUCUAAGGAUAGAUUCUGGUCUCUUGGCUCUCAGCUCGAGCAGAUGUGGGAGGAGGACCGUAACCCCGAUGCCAGCUCGCCUCAACCUCCAGAUGAAGCACGUCUCGGCCCAGGGAGCUCGGCAGUGGAGUGUCCCAGCGGCACUGACUCAGCUACAGGCAGGGAUGAAAGCAGCAAGCACGUCAAGCAGGAGCCAAGCAUGGAGGAAACAACGACCAUGGAUGGUGUUGACAACAACAACAGUCUAUCACAAGUGGAUUUCAGCAGCACGCCCAGGAAAACAAUCACAUGUCAACCUCAGGCCAGGUCUACGCCCUUGCAGAAGUCAUUAACCAGCCCCUCAGAGUCUGCAGCGCUUCUGAAAAACGGCAAGUCUAUGAAACACCAAGUACACAGCAACGGUGUCAAGAACGGAGCAGCACUCUUGCGGGCGGCGUCUUCGACCUCCUCGUCUUCAUCUGCGGCACAUCAUAAAAACCCUAAGAAGUUGCAGUCAAACCCGUCGAUCAACAGUCAGAGGAGUAAAGGAAGCUCGAAAUCGAACAGCUCGCAGAUCCCUACAGAGGCCCAGGAUGACUGCUGUGUGCACUGCAUCCUGGCCUGCCUGUUCUGCGAGUUUCUCAUGCUGUGCAACAUCGUGCUGGACUGUGCAACAUGUGGCUCGUGCUCCUCUGAUGACUCGUGCUUCUGCUGCUGUUGCGCAUCGGAAGAAUGCGGCGACUGUGAGCUUCCCUGUGACAUGGACUGCGGCAUCAUCGACGCCUGUUGCGAGUCAGCUGACUGUCUGGAGAUCUGCAUGGAGUGCUGCGGCCUCUGCUUCUCAUCCUGAGCGUCCUAUAGGGGGCACUGCAUUGUUCGUCCAAAACUUCUAGAGAGAAGUUCUAAGUGGGAAUCGGAGGGAUCAGAGGACUGUUUACUGAGCUGCAAGGGUGGUUUGCCAAGGAGAAGCAUGAGAAAUGAUGCGACCGAGGUCCAGGUCUCUUUUCCGAAGCCUGGUGAUUGGGUUCCAGUUGAGUGUGCUUAAAGUCGGAGACGUUUAUCCUUGUCCUCAGAUUUCUAGCAAAAAUUCUGGGACAAUCGUCUGCUUUCAUACUUGUCCUCCUGAUUCUGAUCUUCAGUAGCUCAGCUUGUUUAGAGGAAAAAUCUUUCAGACAUAGAACUUUGCUGUCAUAUGUUUUUCUUCAAAUUCGUACACCUUUAUCCAAUGAAUGAACUUCACCCGUUGCACCAAAUCCCAAAUGCAUCCAUGUGAAACUUCAUAUUGUAGUUAAUGAAAUCAUUGAGGAAGUUUAUUGACUAAACAAAGUUAAACUUUGCAGGUGCUUUAAAAUUUCCUAAGGAUCGGAUUGGAUUUUUUUAUACCAACAAAAAUCUGCACAUUAUUAUUUUAUUUAGCCCUUAACAAUCCCAUGUUACAUUCCAAAAAUUAAAGAAUCAUGCUUGAAUGAGUUCACUCACUG